CCUCAAUUCCUCAUCUCACCCGCAAGUUCAAAGUACUAAUUAUGGUACAAACCUGUUGCAUUAGUUAGUUGCGCCCGGUAGGCCCCAGUUCAGUCAUUAAAUUGAAAUUUGUGCUUUAUCAUCAAUUGUAAAUCUAUAAAUUAAACCUACCGUAAUCAAGUUCUUCUGAGGUUCAGAAUUGUAGAAGUUGAAGUCACAUUGAAUCUCGCCGAAAACCUUGGAAACUGAGCACUCUUGUCUCAUAGGUCAGUCGUCAAUUCAUAGAUAUAUAUGGCAAACCUUGAUUCUGUGCUGAUAACAGGUGCCAGCCGAGGAAUUGGCUUAGAAUUCGUGAAACAGUUUCUGUCUAACCCUCUCGUCAACAUCAAAGUUAUCAUAGCUGCAUGCCGCUCUCCUGAAAAUGCUACGGCGUUGCAAGAUCUGAAGAAAAGUAACUCCCAUUUACACGUUGUUCAAUUAGAUGUGUGCAAGUUUGACUCUUACGACUCAGUGGUGGGAGAGGUGCGACCCAUUGUAGGUGACAAAGGUCUAACUCUUUUAAUAAACAAUGCUGGUAUUAUGGCGCGGCCAAAGUUGGAUGCAGUUACGGCGGAACAAAUGCUGUCCGUCCUUUCGACAAACACCGUAGCACCUGUGUUGUUAACUAAGGCUUUCUUACCCUUGCUCACAAUGGCAGCUAAGGUCAAUGCUGGAAAAGUUAACGAUGGAUUGAGUAUCUCUCGAGCAGGUGUCAUAAAUAUUACUUCAAGUCUUGCAUCAAUAAAAAAUAAUGAAUCAGCCGGCUAUUAUGGCUAUCGAGAAAGCAAGGCUGCUCUGAACAUGAGCACGCAGAGCUUAAGUAUUGAGCUGAAGCCACAAGGAAUUCUGGUUCAAUCCAUCCAUCCAGGCUGGGUAAGAACAGACAUGGGUGGACCUAAAGGAGAAGUAGAUGUUGUUGAAAGUGUUACUGGAAUGCUUGAAGUUAUGUUAAACCUUAAAGAAAAUCAUAAAACUGGGUAUUAUGAUUGGAAAGGUAGAGUUCUUCCAUUUUAAAGCUUCCAUCAUGCUCUCAUUGAAACUUCCCUAUUCAUGAUAAGCCUUGAAAAACUAGCUCUUACUCGUGGAAGGAUAGAGCACUUUUAUUUUAAAACUUUUAUCUUUUCUAUCUUGAAACUGCCAUAGUUGUCUUUAGACUGAUCCCUCAAGCAACUUUCUUAAAAUUUGUUUUUUUUUUUGUUUUUUUUCCGAAAUUUUUUUUUUCACUUUAUUUAAGAUUUUAUUGAUUUUUUCAAAGAAAAAAAAUUGUUGAUCAUCAUAGACUAUAUCUCUGUAAAUAAAAACUUAUACAUAUAUU